GUAUUUCCUUGCAGUUAUGCAUUUGAAUUCUAUUAUAUUCCUCUUCUUCAUCAUUGGUUUAAUUUCUUGUAAAAGUAUUCUCAUAUUCAAUCCAAUAUUUGGGUUUAGUCAUGUCAAGUUUAUUAGUAAAAUGGCUGACAUUAUAGCUGAUCAUGGACACAAUGUGACUCUUUUCCAACCAUUUCAUUUGGCUCUGAAAAAUGCCGAUAAACUAGUGAAAAAUCAGAAUAUAAAGAUUAUCAAUUACUACCCAGAUCAUUAUGAUGAAUUGCUAAAAACUGAAAAGAAGACGUUUCCAAUGCUUUGGGAUUCUCAACUUAUGAAUAAUCCGAUAUUGUGCUCAUUUAUGAUGCCAAACAUAAUGGAAGAUUCCUGGGAGAAAACUGCAACUCAACUCCUCAAGGAUCAGAAAGUUAUUGAAGACUUGAAAAAUCAAAAAUUUGACGUUGUUUUAUCGGAGACAUUUGAACUCACCGGAAUAUAUCUGGCGUAUCUUCUUGAAAUCCCGAACAUUCCCAUUAUGUCAGCCGUGCGUUUUGUACCUUACAAUGAAGCGUUUGGGCAACCGUCAACCGUCGGUUACAUACCCCAACAAGGUUCUCAAUUGGCACCGGAAGCUGGAUUCCUGGACAGACUUAAUGACGUCUAUCGUAACUAUUUUUAUACUCUCACAAUGAAGCGUGCCAGUCAGCUUCAAAACACUUUUAUUGAGAAAGCAAUUGGAAGACCGGUGCCUAACUGGAAGGAUCUUGUAACACGAUCUCCUAUCUAUAUUACUAAUUCCAAUCCAUAUCUGGACUUUGCUGUUCCAACAACUGCUACCAUUGUUCAUGUUGGUGGAAUUACCAUUGACUUGGAGAAAAUGAGACAUGUUGCGGCUCUAACUGAAGAGUAUGAGAACAUUUUUGCGGAAAGAGAGUCGACGGUUCUCAUAUCUUUUGGAUCUGUUAUCAGAUCUUAUGAGAUGCCCGAUAACUUCAAAGCAGGAAUCAUCAACAUGUUCAAAUCACUUCCAGAAGUCACAUUUAUUUGGAAAUAUGAGAAAGAUGACGUGGAGUUCCAGAAGAGACUUCCAAAAAAUGUUCAUUUGAAGAACUGGGUUCCGCAGCCUUCACUACUUGCCGAUAAACGCUUGAAGCUAUUCGUGACCCAUGGAGGUCUGGGAAGUACAAUGGAAGUAGCUUACACCGGGAAGCCAGCCCUAAUGAUUCCAAUUUUUGGAGAUCAACCUCAGAAUGCAGAUAUGCUUUCAAGACACGGAGGAGCGGUUGCCUAUGACAAAUUUGAACUAGCUGAUGGAGAUAAGUUGAUCAAAAUUGUAAAGGAUAUGGUUUCCAAUCCAAAAUAUGAGAAAAAUGCUCAAGAGCUGCUGAGAGUGCUCUCCAAUCAACCAAUUGAUCCAGUCAUGAACCUGAUGAAACAUUUGGAGUUUGCGAUGGAGUUCCAGAGAUCAAUAAAGUCGGACUAAUUGCUCAUUACUAUCUUGAUAUCGUUGCAUUCCUUCUACUUUCUGCUAUUUUCAUGAUUUAUGUUUUUAUCAAAAUUAUUUAUCGAUUAAAACUGAAACUUGUUUCGACUAAACCGAAAGAGGAGUAGCAUAUUUUAAAUAAAUAUUUUGCAUUAUA